UUUCUCUUCAUGGUAUCAAGAGCCUCACUUUAAAAAGCUAUUUUUUCGAUCCAGUUUCCCUCUUCCGUCAUGAGUUUGAUUAUCACUCCUGACAUGGGUGUCAUCACCCUUACUGCCUCUACAAACUUUCCUAUCAAACUUACCUCCGGCAAUUUUCCGGUUUGGAAGUCCCAGGUGCAUGCUGCCCUGGUUGGUCUCGGACUUGAAUCCUUUGUUGAUGGCACUGUCCAGAUCCCGUCCCAAUUCCUCGAUGAAGACAAAACACAGCCCAAUCCGUGCUAUACUACCUGGUUUCGUCAAGACAAAACAAUCCUAAGUGCCCUCCUCGGUAGCUGUUCAGAUACAAUCCAUCCGGUCAUCUCUUCCGCCGCUACUGCUCAACAAGCAUGGCAAAAGUUGGCCCUUACUUAUGCCAGUAUGUCUAGGGGUCGUAUUAUUGCCCUUAAAACUAAUCUGGCACGCACGAAGAAAGGCUCUCGUUCCAUUCAGGAGUACCUUUCUGAGAUGUACGCUAUAUAAGAAGCACUUGCUCUUGCGCAGAAUCCGAUUUCCGAUGAAGACUUGGUUAUCAAUAUCCUGAAUGGACUUGGAGCUGAAUAUAGUGAGCUUACCUCUGACAUUCGUGUCCGCUCAACAUCCCUUCCGGUGGCUGAACUCCAAGACAUCCUACUAGAACAUGAGACCAGACUUCAAGAAGCAGCCACCUCUGCCAACUCCCUGCUUCCGACGGCUAAUGCCACACAAAGUACUGAUCGAUCUUAUGGUGCUUAUGAUCGUCGUCGCCCUUCUGCCAAUGAACGACGUGGCAAUGCUUCUGGCCGGGGUCGUGGUGCAUCAUAUUCCGGUGCGUCUAUAACUCACACCGGCCAUACGUCUAUUCUCACACCCACACGUUCCUUAAGUUUAUCAAAUGUCUUAUGUGUUCCCAAACUUCACAAGAAUUUAGUUUCCGUAGCCAAAUUAUGCAAAUCUAACUCAGUUUCGGUUGAAUUCUUUGCCUCUCACUUUAUCGUUAAGGACCGAGCCACGGAAGUGCAGUUAAUGCGCGGGGAGAAUUUUAACGAUGUCUACUAUGCACCCACUUUCCGGUCGCCACAAGCUCAUGUCACCCAAGCAGUUCGUUCCCCACCUUGGCAUCACAUUUUGGGCCAUCCUUCUCAUCGAGUUUUUAAUACGUUAGUUCAUCAAAAUAAACAUAUGUUUCCAUGUCAUGUGUCUGACAUUAGUCAUUGUACUUCUUGUUCAAUCAAUAAAAGUGUUAAGUUACCGUUUUUUACAAAUUCCAUGAAUGCAAGUCGGCCGCUAGAAUUAAUAUAUUCUGAUGUUUGGAGUACCUCGAUUUGUCAAUUGAGGGUCACAAAUACUAUGUCAUUUUUGUGGACUUUUAC